AUGGUCCUGGUCCUGCUGGUGGCCAUUCCCUUAUUGGUCCACACUACCAAAGGGGGAGGGUCCGGAGGAGGGGGCACACAUUACGAGAUGCUCGGGAGCUGCAAGAUGGUGUGUGACACUUUCACCCCCCCACAAGGAGAGCUUACAGCUGUAUCCCCUCAGCCCCCAGACUUCCCAAACCGCAGGGGCAAACAGGGGUAUAGAGGGAGCCCUGGAUUGCCUGGUCCUCCAGGCCCUAAAGGGCCCCCUGGGCCACCCGGAGAUCCUGGCAAGCCAGGCCUACCUGGUCCACCAGGGCCUGGACCUGGUGGCUAUGGUUCAUCCUUCUACAGUCCCAAAAUUGCCUUCUACGCCGGCCUCCGGAAACAACACGAAGGGAGUGAAAUACUGAAGUUUGAUGACGUAGUGACCAAUGUAGGGAACUACUACGAGCCGAGUACUGGAAAGUUCACCUGCCCGCUGCCUGGUAUCUACUACUUCACAUACCAUGUCCUGAUGAGAGGAGGUGAUGGGACGAGCAUGUGGGCUGACCUGAAGAAGAACGGACAGGUGAGGGCCAGCGCCAUUGCUCAAGAUGCAGAUCAGAACUACGACUAUGCCUCCAACAGUGUCAUCCUGCACUUGGAUGUGGGGGAUGAAGUGUGUGUGCAGCUGGAUGGGGGCAAAGUUCACGGGGGAAACACUAACAAAUACAGCACCUUCUCCGGCUUCCUCAUCUACCCCGAUUGACAGUAUACUCCCAUUUCUAUACUCUCUCUGUCACCAAGCAAAAAGUUCCCUCUCCUUUCUGCAUCUAACAUGCCAUGCUUCCAUCAUGUAAUUUAUCAUUUCAGUGCUUGUCAGUACACAAAUCUAAAACAUGAUCACAGUUAACAAAUAGAGUUUGCAGAGAAUCUGUGUAAAAAUGAAUAUAGUAUUGUAUAUAUUACCAGUUAACAUUUACUUCUGAUACACACACUUGUGUAAUCAUUAUUCUGUGCCAUGUACAGUAUAUGUAAGCAUGGCUGCAAGACAUGAUUAACAUUGGUUCCACAUGCACACAUUUGCUUGUACAAUACAUACAGAGAGGCAUGCAGCAUACAAAGUGAACUUCCUCUGUAAGUUGGUACACAGACACAAGAUGACCAUUUGAGCCGCCGAUCUGACAUUGACUGAAAUGAUCUCUGAAUGUAAACCACAAAUUGAAGUGUGUGUAUUUGGUGGAAGCAUCUUGCUUUCACUGUGAGAUGAAUUUUCAAUAUGGCUGUAGACAUGAAAUGAGAAAAGUGAUUAAUAUAUUGAUCAUAACUGAUAAUGCAACUGACACUAUGAUCAUAACCAGGUGUGUUGUAUGUCUGUGUUCAUGCAAGAGUGGAAGCAAACUGUAUGUGUGUGCUUACUCUUCAGUUUGUGUUGAGGCGCAAAAGCAUCCCGUUGCUGUUAGUUGCACAGUCUCUGGGAGGGGUGUCAAGUUGUCGGUAACAGUCCCUUAACACACACAGUAUAUUAAUACUGAGGUUUAGCUUUGAGAUUUUCUCCGAGCCAGCGCUUAUGACAGAGUCUCUUGACGUCCUGCUAAUGAGCUGAGGCUUCCUCUACAGUCGCAUCUGUUCAGUCACACUCACACCUGACAUCCAUAGUUUGCUGUAUAACUUUGACUUUAAAAAAUAGUCUGACACUUUGGGAAACAAGCUUAUUCUCAAUCUAGCUGAGAGUUAGAGAACAUUUAUUCUGUCCCUCAUGUCUGCUCAAUAACCUACAAUACAGACAGCAGCAAAUUAUCAUUGGGUAGAAGUAGCUUGUAUAAAAUAAUGUUGUUUGACCACAUUUUGAAAUACAAGUGUUCAUAACUGUUCCAAACAGCCACAAUAAAAAGGGGGAGUGAAAACUGUCAGUUGUAGAGAGGGAGGAGAUGCAAAGUUGUUUUUAAAUAUGGGGACAGUCUCUUCUGGAUGACAUUCAUAGCGCUGCACUCACUUGUUCACAUGAAAAGUGUCCGAAAUUGUUGUGUCAUGAAUGAAAUAAAGAAAUAAAGAGAAAAGUUCAAACCCUGGGAGGCAGUUUUUGAAGCUAUUCCACCAUCUGACAAGCAGUUCUUUAGAAGCUUACUGGCAGCUAGCCUGGCUUUGUACAACUUUUUUUUUUGUUUAAUUUAUACAAAAAAGUGUAAAAUCAGUAAUUUGUGGUUUUGCUGGUGGGUUGAUUUUGUUACCAACAGACAGAGUCCAGUUAGCUAUUUCUCCCUGAUGAUUUCUUUAUGCUAAGCUAAGCUAAGUAGAUAGUGGGUUCCAGCUUCAUACUGUAUUUACAUACAGAAACAAGCAUGGUAUCAUCUAACUCUCUGCAAGAAGCAUGUCAAACUAUUUUAUUGCGAAUGUAACUGUGAAAAUGUGACAAUGGUUUGAAUAUGUUUGUUUUACUGCCAUAUGCCAUAUCUAUAGGUUUCUGUCUUAUAUUAUUUAUUUUAUUUAUUUAUUUUUUUGUGGAUGAGACAAUUACCCAUGUUUAAAGCAAGCUACAUGAAGAAGCUCAUCCAUAUGAUACAAACAGCAAUCUGAUGAAAACCUUUCCAUCCAAAUGUUAUUACAUACUUGUGCAGCUUAAUGCAGACAUUAAAGCUACAGUAGGUAACUUUUUUUUUUUACUUUUUUCUCAAAUAUUUUUGU